AUGAGAGUCCUAAAAGAGGGUAUCCCAAUCACUAAGUUGCAACGAACAUUUGCCGACGCAAUUCUCGCCACGCGAAGCAUUGGCCUGAAAUACCUCUGGAUAGACACAUUAUGCAUCAUCCAGGGCUCAGAUGAUGACGCAAAAGAUGACUGGCGGACCGAGGCCAUGCACAUGGGCGACAUCUACGAGAACUCCCUGUGCACCAUCGCCGCAACACAUGCCGCCAACUCCACCGUCGGGUGCUUUAUAGAACGAGACCCGCGGCUGUUGAAGCACUGCAAACAUUAUCCCCCAGUGGCACUGCGUCUAGGCAAUCAUAGCCAAGUUUACAUCCUCGACGAAGAACUUUGGGAGUCAGUGUCGAUGGGCCCGGUAAAUUCUCGAGCGUGGGUCAUCCAAGAGCGUCUUCUUUCGCCCCGAAUCGUCCAUUUCUGCGCCCAGCAGCUCUUCUGGGAGUGUGCCGAGCUGGGGGCCUGCGAGAGCUUUCCGGCCGGUCUGCCAGCACAAUUUAUGGAACAGCCGCCUAGUGGCGCCAAAAUACCCGUAAACGAGUUUAAGGCGCUCUUGACAUUGUCCUUGUCGCCCGAGGAGUCCUCCCCCUCUGAAGCCUACCGUCACUGGACCCGCAUCGUCGCCAAAUACUCACAAUGCGGCCUGACCUAUGUCACCGACAAGCUCAUCGCCCUCACUGGCACUCCCUACCAGGGCCCGGGGAGCGAGGAAUUCGAGCUGGACAGUACCGCGGGCCGUCAUGGUCGUGGGCUUCGAUAG